AAUACUUGCUAAAAACAUGAGAAAGUUCCCAAACUUUCUUCAGAAAGAUCGUGGAAUGGCAUCACAGAUUUCGGAUACAGCAUAUACUAAAUGUUAUUAUAAUAUUAAAUUAUUAUACCAACAAAUAGCUGAUCCAGAGGCCCAGACAUUAAAGUUGACCUUGUGUUUUGACUUCUUUUUUGUGUUCUGCACGAAAGAUUUUUGAUUCAAUUUGGACAAACCUGCUGAAUUCAGAGUGACGUGUCAAGCAAAUUGUUUUCACCAUUGGAGAUCACUCUGCACGCACUUGUGAGAUGUGUUCGGUAUUUUCCCAGCUCACUUUAUAUUAGAAAAUCCAAUUCAUAUUUUGGUUGGUUCAGGGAGAAUGGUUGUUGGGCGCUUGCAAAUUUAGCUAAUUGCCAGUUUGUAUGAGAAAAAAAUCUCACCUCGUAACGUCCCAUGUAAAACGUUUAAAGGGGUUAUAGAUGGUUUGCAGGAAAGAAAAAUCUGUGUAAAAUUAUUGGGUUGAAAGAAUCAGUGAGCUAUGAGUGUAUCGAAGGCAGAGGCAGUAAUGUCAGAAGAUGUUUUGGGCAUGGUGAAAGCUCUGAAAGAGGCUUCUCAGGAGUUACCCAAGAAUGCUAAGAAUGUGGAAAGCUUGGUGGAAGAGCUUAAGCGGCUGGAGGAGAGCGGGGCAGUGAAGGACCCAAAGCUGCGGCGGAAGCUUUUGAACUUUUGCAAUCUGAUGGAACCCCAGUUGGAGAGGGCUCGUAAGCUUGCCAGUAGAAGAGGUUUGCGAUACUAUAUUUCGAGGGCCAAGGGGAAGGUUUUGGGGAAUGAUAUCAGUAACGUGGCCAAUGCAAUGGAAUCUGAGAUCAAUUUGUGGUUAGAUCGGCAGAAUAUUGAGCAUCUGUUGAAGCUUCUGGACAGCCCUGGUUGUAAAGAGAAAGAGAUAAUUGAUGCUCUUGGCGUGUUUGAGGCUAAGGUUAAGGAAGGAUACAAUUCUGAGCUGCAAGAUGUUAUUUUGUCUCUCAGGGUCUUUGAGUCCCUCACUUGUAUGUUCAGUAGGCCUGAGUCUUGGAGUCCUAGGGUUCUGAGGGAGGCUGCCUUUGCUUUGGCUGCUCUGGUUCUCUUUAAUAAGGACGUGUUUGUCAGUCAGGUUCUCAUGUUGGGUGUUGUGGAGAACUUGUUAAGCAUGGUUAAGGAUUCCAGUGAUUUGUCAAUUGGGGUUGUAAGUGUUAUAGGGAGUUUGGUUACAGCGGGCAAGGGCGCGGUGGUGGAUGAGAUUCAUGCCCAUGGAGGAGUGAGGAAAAUUGUGGGCUUGUUGGAGGACAAGCGGGAAGAGAUGAGUGUGGUUGCAAUUGAGUGUGUGUUUGAGAUAGUUUACUAUGGUCAGAAGGAGGUAAUAGAGGCCAUGCUAGAGGAUGACAUUGUAGGAAAGCUUGCACACCUUGAGCAGUCACAAGCUGGAGGUCAUCUCAUUGAUUUGCCCAUGCACUUCGAAAGUAAGGAAUCAUCAUCAUCACUAUUGUCAUCUCACCAUGAUUCACAGUCGGAUUUGGCUCCUGGAAAUUCAAUGGGGUCUAGCAGCAUUACUUCGCCCCAAAAAGAUCCCCUCGACUGUUUGGAGAACGUAGAGGAUGAAUCUGAAAAUGGGGCAAAAUCCUCUCGUUCUAUUUCCAGGAGAUCAGCAGAAAGCUUCCUGGAAUCUGUAAAGUCAGCUGAUGAGCAGCAUUAUAGGGCUGUUGAAGAGUUUUGGCGCAAGCAUCCCUUUGCGAGUGCUGUGUCCAGGUUUGCAAUACAGGUGGAGAUUGGACAAGGUUUAAGGAAGAGGGAAAAGAGAGCGCUGAAGCAGGAAAUUCUGAAACGAGUUAGACAGGUGGCACCUUCUGAUGGAGAUGUUGCAACUAUUUAUUCAGAAGUUUUAUGGGGUCCAUAGAGUUUGAUGCUACUUGCAGAUAAGCCGUAACCAUUUAUUCAUUUGUAAUUUUUUGUAUGUUUCUUAGGGAGUAAUGUUUGCAUAAGCUAUCCUUUCUUUAGAUCUCUUCUAUUAUAUUAUGUCAACUUCUUAUGGAGACUCAUACUCCCUCCUCUUUAUAGCUCAUUUUUCCAAGUUUGUACUAUUAUUUAUUAUUUCUGCUUCCCACUUUUGUGCAGAGGUAUUUGUUGUUUAUCACAGCAACCCAGCUUACAGGGUGUUCCUGUUGUAUAAGUGCAUUUAUUUCUCUCUUGUUACAUAUCUUAUGAAAAACAUUGUUUCGUUUCCCAUGCGUUUGCACCAGGCAGAAAUGGAAGUCCUAAAUACGCUCAUGUAUACAUUGAAUUGUACGUGUACACUUGUGGAUUGACUAUUUUAUCAAUGUAAAGAAACUAGCCAACAUUUGGCUGCCAUUCAAGCUUUGGCAUUUCA